UCCAUAAUAACGGCAGUUCGACAAGCUGAUGAGCUUGGCGCCCGAAAGUUUUGUUUACUGCGACUCUGUGAGAUCUUUCCCCGUUAUUCAUGAUAUCUCUUCUUCGAAACCUCAGAUAUCGAUUCAGAAUCUCCACAACUCUCUUCCCCAUUUCAUGUUUGCACUCUUCCAAUCAAACCCUAGCCCCUGAUUCAAAGCUUGAUUUCAUUUUGCAAGAGGUCGAAGAGCUCCAAUCUCUAAAACCAGAUAGAAUAGGAGAAGAAGAUAAAAAAGACAAUGAAAAAAUCUCUAGUAGUCGAAACACUAGCCCAACGAUGUCUUCCGUCGUGUCGAAGGUCCAAAUUUCACACCCGUGGCCGGAAUGGGUAGAACUAAUGGAACGCCUCCUCAAUAAAGGUUACUUCGAAGGAAGCGGAUAUCCUUUUAAUCAUGAACAAAUGAGCACCAAGGAUACGAACCAAAUCCGAACUGCGUGCCUCAAUUUUGCCCGUGAUCGGUUCGACCUCCUAAGAUAUUUCUCUCGGAAAGACAUUCAGAUGAUUGUGGGAUCUGGUUGCCCAAGCAUAGACAGAAAAGUUGUUAACUCUGGAAAGCGACUAAGGGCACAUGUGGGCAUCGACGAAGGAAAUGUAUAUGCUGGCUUUCUCUUCUCUUCAUUUUUGAGGGGAAACUGUGAGAGGGCCUAUGUGAAGGCUCGUGAGGAUGAAGGUGGACGCACAGUUGACAUCAUGCGCAUCUUAUUAGUCUAUGGCCUUGAUCCCAUUGUUGGCUCAGUGGAGAACAAGUCAUGCUUAGAUAAGAGAGUUAAGGAAUCUGUUAGGAGGCUUUUGAAUGAAAUGGUAGAGUUUAGCACCAAAGAAAUUGAUUCUUUUACUCUUAAAGCCACAACUUCGAAAAGGAUUUCACCUCUGUCUGAGCAGUCAGGCCAGCAACAACAAAACCAAAUUAGUGUUCCAAUGAAGCAAGGUGACUGGGUUUGCCCAAAAUGCAAUUUCAUAAAUUUUGCAAGAAACAUAAAGUGCUUGUGCUGUGAUGGGAUAUUCCGAGAAAGACUCGUGAAACUUGGGGAGGAUCAGGACCACCUUCCAAUGAAAAAAGGAGACUGGUUAUGUGACAAAUGUAAUUUCUUAAAUUUUGCCAAGAAUAUAAGAUGUUUGCAAUGUAAAGAGAAACCUCCAAAGCGCCAACUCAAUCCAGGGGAGUGGGAAUGCGAGUCAUGUAGUUACUUAAAUUUCAAGAGAAACAUGAGAUGCUUGAAAUGUGACUGGCAACGGCCCAAAGCAUCAAGUUACCCAGGUACUUUAGUUCAGAUUCAGCGUGAAGGUGGAGGCUUUCAUCAACGUCAUGGAAUAAAGUUUGUAACAAAUGAUGAUGUAACCGAUAGUCAGCCUUCUAGUAGACGAGAGAGACAAAAUUGUAGGGACAGUGAAGAUGGCCAUCGAGGUGAUGCUGAAUUUAGCCCAUGGAAGAAUUUCCAGAAGUUUGAAGAUUUUCCUAUUGUAGGGGGUAAGAGUGCCGUAUCUCAAAGUCCAUUAGAGAGGGAAAGAUGGAAAGUUGAGAUGUCAAAGAGACAUGCAAGUGCUCGAAGGGAGAAGGAAACAGCUGAUGAUUUUAAUUCACUAAGCUUCAGAAAAAGACCAGGUUUGCUAGAAGCCACUGAUGAUGAGGAGAUGGCUGGGUGGUUUGGAUAUGGGAAGGAGACUAGAACAGGGAAAUAUAUAAGUGAAACGGAGGCAUGUAAUGAUUGAAGAAAAAAUGUCUGCCCCUUUUCUGUUUCUAUACCAAAUUCAAUAGCCUAAUUGAUAUUGAAAUUUAUUGCUAUUAUAUAUACUGAAAUUUGAUAUUCUUCA